UGUGGCUGCGCCGUGAUAAGCCGGGUAAAGUGGGGAUAUAUCUCCAGAAUAAAUAUUGGUGAAUAUUAGUAUUCUAUGCACCACAAUAACAUCCCUACAAUACGUCAACCGAAUCAAUUAGGCAUCCAUAAAGCCCUCCACAGCCUGGCCUCGUGAAAACGCGUAAUCGCGAGCCAGCAGCCGGCGUAUCCUGUUCUUGGUUUGUUCUGUUGUCAUUAUUCUAACACGACUAUUUGGUGGCUGUUUGCAUGAUUUGAAGCUCUGACGGGAUCUCCGCAUCGCACUUGAUGUCCGAAUCAAAGAAGGACAACAAAUAUGUUUUCUCUGUCCAGCUAAAUAGGCCAGGCGACAAUGAGGAUGGCGUGGACGAACUCGAAGAGACAACGCGUCGGAAAGCAAUCGAGUCACAGCUCCUGCUAAGUGGCUCUCCUCUCUCGCCUCCUCCUCUUCGGACAGAUGUUCUUGACGACCAUUUCAGGGGAGAAGUCGAGGCAGAUUUGGAGGAGGCAGAGACAGAAGCCGAGAUGGAUCAGAGCGGGACCGACGUCGAAUAUGACAAGACAGCUGCGUCGCCUCCCUCAACUCCCUCAGCGAUGGAAAGAAAUGCUGCUCUGUUAGCAAACAAUGCUGCUUUAGACAGCUAUUAUCCUACAAAUCCUGGCCAGCAGUACUCCGAUCACUCGGGUGACUUUUAUUCGCGCGACCAUGCGUCAAAGACGCCUUACGACCAUUACUCGCAAAGCAACCAGAGCAUACCCGAAUACGUCUCGAGCAGCCGAAUGAGCGCAAUCAGCUCAACCGCAAAUUUCUUUGAUCGUCCCGAGAAGAAGAUCCUGGUGCCGCCGCUCAAUUUCGCAAUGGUGGCUUCGGGCAUUUACAGGAGUGGACAUCCUCUGCCCAUCAAUUUUCCAUUUCUAGAGACACUGAAGUUGAAGACCAUAAUAUUUCUGGGCGAACAAGAUCUGCGGGAAGUUAAUGUUGAAUGGGCAGCGAAAAAUGGAAUACGGGUGAUUCACAAUCGGAUGGAGAGCUGCAAGUUGCCAUUUGUUGAGAAUGACCCUCAAGCUAUUGAAGCUGCCUUGAGUGUAGUAGUUGAUUCCCGGAACUUUCCCAUAUUGAUCCACUCCAACAAAGGAAAGCACAGAGUAGGCGUCCUUGUUGGAGCGAUGCGCAAACUUCUUCAAAAAUGGAGUUUGGCUAGCAUUUUCCACGAAUACGGUCAAUUUGCUGCGGGAAAGGAAGACAGUGAUAUCGAGUUCAUUGAGCUGUUCAAUGCUGCUCUGAAAUACGACCCGAAAUAUGCACCCUCAUGGCUGAUAUAGCCCCAGGCUUGCAGCUAUAGCUGGCUUGUGAUCUAAGUGGGAAACUCUUGUAAAACAAUCGCGACGGAAAUAACUGAGCUACGAACAUGCAUUAUAUAGCGGAUUCGAUUUCCCUUUUUGUACUAUAGUCAAAUUAACGAUCAGAGCAUUAUGAAUAUACUGCAACCCAGAUGAUACUACAAUAGUGUGAAUCUCUGAUAGUCAUGAGCACAUCCCCAGCCAUCUUAAUCAAUUGCGCACUCUUUUUCUCAAGACCAUAUGAGCAAUUAUCAUCCAUAUUCAAAUACAGAAGCGAGGGUUUUGACAGUUUGGUAGGACAAAACCUUAAUCGCGCCUCGUAUUCGGCAUCCCUCGACGCGAGGGUCGUCGGGGCCCACGUCCACACUG